GCACCAGCGCACCGUUGCCAGUUGCAUUUGAAGGGCACACGAUCAGCUUGUCGGGAGGCAAGGACGCUGCUCGAGAAACAAAACGAAAACAAUGAUGGGGAACUCAUAGCCAGCAUCUGAGACUAUGUUCAUUUAACGAAGGGGUUCCUGCACGACGCCGAGCUGUAGUCCUGCUGGCUGACGGUCCUCAAAGUGGAGCGAUCUGCAGAGAGAAAGAACAGAUUGUCCACUAAAACACUGACGGGCUGGAGUCUGUUAUUAAAAGACAGGAAAAAUGAAGUUUGCUCAGCUUCUGCUGAAAAGCAGCUCCGUCUCAGGGAUACCAAAGCAAGUAGAGAGGUUUGCUAAGUUCUCCCCCUCUCCAUUGUCUAUGAAGCAAUUUAUUGACUUCGGCUCGGCCAAUGCAUGUGAGAAGACCUCUUUUGUGUUCCUGCGGCAGGAGCUUCCUGUCAGACUGGCCAACAUCAUGAAGGAAAUUGAUUUCCUCCCCGACAAGCUCCUGGGCACUCCGUCCCUAAAGCUCCUCAUCAGCUGGUAUUCCCAGAGUUUGUUGGAGAUUGUAGACUUCUUAGAGAAGGAUCCGGAUGAUAAGGAUGUCCUGACAAACUUUACACAGACUCUGGUGCACGUCCGCAAUCGGCACAACAACGUGGUGCCCACCAUGGCUCAGGGUGUGGUGGAGUACAAGGACGCCUUCGGCGUGGACCCCGUCACCAACCAGAACGUUCAGUACUUCCUGGACCGCUUCUACAUGAGCCGCAUCUCCACCCGCAUGCUCAUGAACCAGCACACAUUAAUCUUUGAUGGCAGUGUGAACCCAGCCCAUCCUAAACAUAUUGGCAGCAUCGACCCCAGCUGUGACGUUGUGGAGGUAAUAAAAGAUGCCUAUGAGACGUCAAAGAUGCUUUGUGAGCAAUAUUACCUGACUUCUCCUGACAUGGAGAUCACAGAAAUCAAUUCCAAGAACCCUGACCAGCCCCUCCACAUUGUCUACGUGCCAUCCCAUCUGUACCAUAUGCUGUUUGAGCUUUUCAAGAACGCCAUGAGAGCGACAGUAGAGACCCACGAGAUGAGCCUAACGCUGCCCCCGAUCAAAGUGCGAGUCUCCCUGGGAACUGAGGACCUCACUAUCAAGAUGUCUGACAGAGGAGGGGGAGUCCCUCUGAGGAAGAUUGAGCGUCUGUUCAGCUACAUGUACUCCACGGCUCCGAGUCCAGUCCACGAGGACAACUCUCGCAAUGCACCACUGGCUGGUUUUGGCUAUGGCCUCCCCAUCUCUCGUCUGUAUGCCAAGUACUUCCAGGGAGACCUGCAGCUCUACUCUAUGGAGGGUUACGGCACCUCAGCUGUCAUAUACUUGAAGGCUUUGUCCUCAGAGUCAGUGGAGAGACUUCCUGUUUUCAACAAGUCAGCCUUACGGCAUUACCAGACGAGCAUAGAGGCUGACGACUGGUGCAUGCCCAGCAAGGAUCCAAAGAAAAUGGGCAAUUCCAAGGGGACUCUGUGAUGGUGGACGGAAGUCUUACAUAGUUUGAAUUAAUGAAUCUUAGAAUUAAAAAUAAAAGGGUCCAUGUUGGAGGAAAUGGACAAACUUGUUCUGUAAGUGGGGGAAAGGCACCAAAGGCUUUCAGCAUGCUACUGGAGCUGGACUUGUGUACGCAGAAUGUCCAUUCAUUUCUCACAGAGAGAAGCCUAGAUGCAGGGAAAUGGUCAUUGUUGGUGUCAAGAACCAGAUAAAUGCACCGAAAUAACUGAACUGAAAUAUUACUACCGGCAUCAAAACAUUUCCAUGUAAUUGUAUGAUGAUUACGGGCUGCUAAUGGAAAUGGAAACAAGUAUUAAUCUUCUUUUGCCACACUCACCUUUCAGUUACAAUAACCCAGUUACACUUUGUAAGUAAGCUGUUUGUGUUUAUGUCCAUUUUUUUUCUUUCAAAGCAUAUAAUUUCACAAUUGUAAGACGUAAGGAAGUUUAAUUCAAUUUUGCAUUAGAUUAAAUAAUUAUCAAGGCCUAGAAAAACCCAUCCAAAGCCAGCUGCAGCUGGGUCAUUAGAGUGGGAAAACAUUCAACGACUCCAGCAUUAACACAAAAGGAGCAAAGUCUGUUCCUCCACUUUUGUACAUGUAAGCAUUUCAGUCCUUCGUAACUUCCAGCAUUGAUUCACACAGACAACUACAGCAUUUCAUUGUGGCUUAGUUCUAUUACAGCAUUUCAGAGACACUAUACGAAGAAUUUGCACUGGUUAUGUUUGGUGUAAAAUCACAUCAAUGUAAAGUCAAUUGUUCCAUUUCAGUCUUUUAGCUUCUUUUAUAUGUGACGUUAACGUGAUUGAUGGAUGUUGAGUUCCACAUGGUAAAAUAGAGCGUGCCUUUCUGGAGAAGGUUAAUGGCUGAAACAUAGUAUUGCAACAUAUUUUAAAUGAAUAUAUAUGGUUGAACUGUGAAUAUUUGUAUUUGAAAUGUAAAACUGCCAAAUUAACCAUGACCUCCACAAUAACAAUUUUCCUCUGUUGACAGAGAACUGAAAUACACACUUUUUAAACUUUAUACAAGAAAGUUUUUAGUGUUUUCAAAGAGCAACUGUCUAGAACUGCACAUUCAUUUGAUAAUAUCAAGUGCUGCGUAAUGAUGCAUGUGUUGUACAUUUAAAUGACUUACUGUAAAGGGUGUGAAGGUCUGUGGGUUGAAUGGUGAUCUACAGAGAACUGUAUUUGAGCUUUCUGGGAUGUCACAUACACAGAAAGUUAAGUGUUGCUGUCACACACUGCUAUAUGCAAGAUGUAUUGAUCAAACAGAUAUUGCCUUAUCUGUAUCUAACAAUUUCACAUAUUCCAUUGUCCCCAUUAGCGGUCAUACUUUCAAACAUACACUGUACUUCCCAAUUAUGUCUUUGCCAAGUUUGUAGCAUUUAGAAUUGAAUUGAGAGCUUGUUGAUUAAAAUAUGAACUCACUAACUUCAGAUGAUUUGUAAACUGUCUCUGCACCAACAGACACUUUGCAUUUGAUACCGUAUAAACAACAAUCUGUACCGUGUCGCCACAGUAGAAGGACCAGUGAAGAUAGAAAAUAAAAAUCUCACUUCUCAA